GCUUGGCGUGUCACACUUCUCUUCUCACUCUCUCACGCUGGAGGCACCGUCUGCAUAUCCUCCUCUCCCGUAGAUGCCCCUCAUACCUAGAGGAUUGGAAGUGAUCGUUCUUGGCUUGUUUACCACCCACCGAGUUCGUCGGGAUCUGACGCGCUUUUACACACCGAUUCCCGCGCGUUUGUUUUGUUCUCGUCCAUUAGCAUAUUUCUAACGCGUUAAAUAAAAGCCGGGAACUUAUUAUUGUUUCACAUGGAACUUGGGAUAAUCCAAAAACAAUAAUCAACAAAAUACAUUCAUUUGAAAAUGACGGAUCAGACCACGUGCAAAGUAGCGAGAGAAGAAGGAGGCGAUGACAGGAAGCUCAACGGUAGUCCGUUAUCUCCCGACCAAUCGAAGGCCUGGGAUCCGCCCGUGACCAAUCACCUCCAAGAAAGCACGCCGAACGGCGGCCAAUCGGGAGGGUGUUCUUCAGAGAAUCCCGCCAAGGAGGAACAAGCAAAAUUUGAAAAGGACAAUCCGUCGCCUUCUGCAUCGACUCACCGGGAGUGUGAAGCCGUGGAGGUGAGAGAACCUGAAGUUAGAGCCAGGCAGAAAUGGGGUCGUCAGAUCGAGUUCAUUCUCUCGUCCCUCAGCUAUGCUGUCGGUCUGGGCAACAUCUGGAGGUUUCCCUACCUCUGCUACAGGAAUGGAGGAGGUGCUUUCCUCAUUCCCUACUGCAUCAUGCUCCUCGUCUGUGGCAUGCCGCUCAUGUUCUUCGAACUGUCUCUGGGGCAGUUUGGACGGGAAGGACCCAUCACUGUCUGGAAGAUCUGUCCGCUUUUCCAGGGUAUUGGAUACGCAAUGUUCAUGAUAAGCUUCUACAUCGGGUGCUACUACAACGUCGUCUUAUCGUGGGCCAUCUACUACAUCUACGCUUCUUUCACCCACACCCUCCCCUGGACCUCCUGCGGAGAUUGGGGAUCCGAUUACUGCAAACAGUAUAACUCUCGCAACUGCACGCUCAGCGGGGGACUGAUGAACCUGACGGGGGAGUGCAUCUACCAAAACACCACUUCUCCUGAAGAGUGGACGGUCCUCACUGAAUCCGCCAACAAGAUCAAGAGUCCAGCGGACGAGUUCUUCCACAACCAUGUUUUGGACAUCACGGACGGCAUCCACGAUAUGGGAGGCCUACAGGGCAACAUCGUCUUGGCCCUUCUCGUCGCUUGGAUCAUUGUUUAUUUCGUCUUGAUCAAGGGUGUCGAGACCUUUGGAAAGGCUGUCUACUUCACUGCCACUUUCCCUUACCUGAUCCUAAUAGUCCUUCUGGUGCGAUCAGUGACCCUACCUGGCUACAUGGAUGGAAUAUCCUUCUAUCUGACGCCUCAGUGGGACAAGCUCAUGGUGGCAUCUGUUUGGGGUGACGCCGCCAUCCAGAUCUUCUUCAGUCUGUCGCCCUGUUGGGGUGGCCUGAUCACUCUUGCCUCCUAUAACAAGUUCAGCAACAACUGCUUCAGAGAUGCUUUCGUGGUGUCCUUCGCCAACUGCCUGACGAGCUUCUUUGCUGGAUUCGUGAUCUUUGGCAUCAUAGGAUUCAUGGCGCAUGAGCUGGGUCUCCCCGUCAAGGACGUUGCUGUAGACGGACCGGGCCUGGCGUUCGUGGCUUACCCCGAGGCCGUGGCCCGCCUGCCCCUCUCGCCGGUGUGGUCCAUCUUGUUCUUCGCCAUGCUGCUGACUCUGGGUCUCGGCACGCAGUUCACUAUCCUUACCACCAUCAUGACCACCAUUACCGAUGACUUCCCAGUCCUCCGCGGCAAGAACUUCAAGUGGGCCCUCUUAGCAGCCUGCCUGGUCAUGUAUGGCGUGGGGCUCUCUAUGGCUAUGAAGGGAGGCAUGUACGUCCUGCAGUUGAUGGACUACUAUUCCUCAACGUUCUCAGCUCUCAUGGUCGGCAUGGCAGAGGUUAUGGUCGUGACUUGGAUUUAUGGAGUUGAUAACUUCCUCAGUGACAUCAAGGUUAUGAUUGGAUUCUACCCAUACCCAAGAAUUGUCUGGAAAUAUCUGUGGAAGAUUAUUAUGCCUUGCGUGAUCCUGACUAUUCUGGCAUUCACCUGGAUUGACCUGAAGCCUGCAAAGUACGGUGAUUACAACUUCCCACCUUGGGCUAACGCCGUUGGGUGGAUUCUCUCCUUCUCCUCUGUAUCCCUUAUUCCCUUAGUGGCCGUUUACAAGAUCCUUCAGGAGAAAGGCUCCUUUGUAGAGAGAGUCAAGAAACUUAGCAAGCCUCUUCCAGAAUGGGCUCCUCCUCCAGAAGUAGCCAUCAGACCUAAUGACUCCUUUGGUGCCAAACCUCUUCUUAAAGUUACUUCAUUUGAUGAAGAUACCAUAAAUAAAGUCUAAUCUCGGACGGCCAAAAGGCAGGCUCUCCUUUUUUCCAUGUCUUCAUUCCCUUUGCUGGCUGGAGGGUAAUGGCCAAACAUGCCAAUAUCAAAGGGAAAAAUCCAGAGGGCUAGUGACAGGAAAAGACCUCGUGCAUACUCCCACGACAUUGGGAGAUUUCUUCAGCGUCAUCUUUCCAGAAUGUCCACAGUCGCUGUAUAGCAUUAUGGCAUCUGUAGAUCAUCUUUCUCAUAGCGUCACGGUCUACUUUCCAGCAUUAAGGCCUCUGCAAACUAUCUCUUCCAAAGUUGUCCUGACUUUUGCAGAAUGUUCACAGGUGCUGCAGGACAUUACAGCAUCUGUCAAACAUUUUUCAACAGCCAUACUGACUUUUACAGAAUGUUUACAGUUGCUUUAAGGCGUUACUGCGUCUGUAAGCUGUCUUUUCCAUAGCUCUAGUGGAGUAUUUCCUCAUGUAAACACACUGGUUAACCUUGUCAAAUUUGAUACAGAUCUGAUCAGUCAUAGAGCAGUGUGGUGAAUUUGCUUUGUAGUAUUAAAGCUGUAGCUUACUCAUAGACGGAAAUUGAUUUCCAUUUCAUGCCAUACAUAAAGAUAAGCAGACAGUUAUUGCAGUCUUUUAUAAAGUGGGAAGAAAUGUGGUCGAAUCCUCUAGUAUAUUGUCUGAACAAGACUGGAUCUUGAGAUGGGACGGUCGCACUGGUGACAUCCACUAGCAGAGACUGCUGCUGAAAUUUAUAGUAAAAUUAGCAAUUAGGGGAUAUUUUGUGAAUAAGUUAUAGUAGUAUAUAUUAUAUAUACAUUCACUUCCUCAAAGGUGGUAAGAGGUUUAUCCACACCUGAAAAUAUGAUGCGAAGAGAAAGUGCGUUGUUCCAAGCCUUCUUCCUUGGUGUUGUUUAGCCCAGAAAUAGUUCAUAUCAGAUCCUCAUCUUGUACAAUUUAAUUCUCAUUCCCUCCCUCAGACGCACUUCUUAUAUUCUCAAUAUUAGAAGAUUAAAUCUAAGUGGAAGCAAAUUUAUAGCAAUGCCGUGUUAAAUAGUCUGUGUAAGUGGUAGUUCCUAUAAAGCAUUCAAUGAAGCGACGAUAAUUUAGGUUACACAGCUCUUGUAAGAAGUCAGAGUUAUUCCUGGCGGGUACUUGUGGGCCAGUCAUGACUGCUGUGUUAGAUCCUUCGUCUAUCAAAUGGGAUUCUAUGGUGAAAUAUUUGGAGACGAAAGUUUAUGUAAGAAAUCCGUGUUCCUAAAAAAUUAUGUAACUUGAUCAUGUACUAUAGUAGAUUCACAUCAACCGUGCAUUUGAUGCCUAGGCUCGUCCCUUACGACGCUCAUGAUUGGCUGUUGAUAAGCCAAUCACAGGGCUGGAAACUCUCAGUCGGUCCAGAGAGUUCACAUGGGCAGGAAGUAUAUUCCACCUCUCCUAAGGGAUACGUUUGAAAGACGUAUCCUGAGGAGAGAUGGAACAUAGCUCCUACCCAUAUGAACUCUCGAGAGAAACUGAGAGUUUCCAGCCCUGCAAUUGGCAUAUCAACAGCCAAUCAGGGGCGUCGUAAGGGACUGGGCCUAGAAAAAUGGACGGUUGAUGCGAAUCUACUAUAGUAUUUGUCAGGCGACAUACUUCAGGCCAUUGGCUCUGACAAAUGAUGUAUCAUCUCGGCUCUUAAUCUUGAUGAUCUAUCAAUAAUGUUAUUAGUUUUGAUAAAAUGUUUAUUGUUAUCCAUGUCCUUAAUUUCAUGAGGAAUUUAUCAACAAUACCCAUUGUCAAAAUUUUGAAAAUCUCAUGUGGAAUUUUUUUUUUUUUUUUUUUUUUUUUUUGUUACCAGUAAUCAUAGGUAUAUGUUGUGUGUACGUGCAUUCAUGUUCGUACGCGUGUACGUAUGUAUAUAUGCAUAUUUGCCUUCAUACUGCUUGAUUAUCAAUACAUGCCAAAACAGUUUGUUUAGAAGUGAUAAUCAUUCAUUAUUUUCUUCUGAUGAAGUUAACAAGAUUAUUCAAUUUUCAUAGACUGUAAGAUAUCACACAGUGGAGUUUCCGUUGUCUUGUAAAUAUUUGUACAUUUUAUCAUUGUUUUUCAUAUUCAUAAGAUUACAUUGGAAGUACCAGACCUUUUCCUACAAUAAAAAGAAUUUUGUCUUUUAUCUCUUCCACUCACGCAAUUUGUUUUCAUUCAGUUUUUCUGUUUUAUAACUUUCCAAUCACAAAUGUAUAUAUUUUUUCCAUCCACAAAUUCCUCUCAAUUUACAUAGUAAAAUUAUUUACAAAUGCAAUUUAAAUGCACUCCAUAUUAGUUCAGCUUGGUAUAUAUACGUUAGGUUGGGCGAGGCCUGAUUGGUUGAAAUCCUUCGUCUUCUUGCGAAAACUGUCUGGAACUUACAAAAGCGAGGGAAAGUUCCAAAAAAGUUCCCAUUUGUGAUUCGGCUUCCCGAGAGAAAGAAGGACACUUUGCUUUCCCUCGCAAGAGGUCUUCCUGCGCUCAAAUUCUAAAAAAAAAAAGGGACGCAAGGGGCGACUCACACAAACUGUUACGAUUUGACAACCAUAAAUGUAUUGUGAUGCAUGAGUACAUUCCAAUACAGAUGUGCAUUAAAGUGUA